AUGAGGGGAAUCGUUAGCUGUUGUGUGCUUGUCACCAUCCUGAUCAUGGCUGCUGAACUCCAUGCACACAGGAAAUUUGGAUGCGAUUGUCCGGAUAUUGAAUGUGCCCCGGGAGAGAGAUGCACACUUUCUAGAGUUCCCUGCAGUGCUCCAGAUGACCGUGAGGGCGAUAACUGCGGACUAUAUCCAGUGUGUGAGGAGCGAGAGACGAAGCAAAGGAGUGAAGGUGUUACACUGGAACGUAGGAAACGUGAAGGCGAACAAGAUCGUGUUGGGUAUGGAAUGGGCGGAAGUGUAAAGUUCCCAGGCAAUGGAAAUGGAGGUGGUACUAAUGGGGCAAAUGGAAUGAACGGAAUAGGUGCUCGAGGACAAAAUGGUAACGGAGUUGGUGGGCCAAAUAGAAUGGGAGGACAAAAUGGAAUGGGCAACAACGGUAUGGGACCGGGAGGACAAAUGAGCAACAUCGGAAUGGCACCUGGAGGAAUGCGUGGAUCAAAUAGAAUAGGAGGGCAAAAUGUAAUGGGUAACAAUGGAAUGGAAAACAAUUUAGUGGGCAAUAGCGGAAUGGGUAACAAUAAAAUGGGCAACAACGGAAUGGGACCAGGAGGAAUGGGUGGACCAAAUAGAAUGGGAGGAACACUUGGAGUAGGUAACAAUGGAAUGGGCUACAAUGGAAUGGGUGGACCAAAUAGAAUAGGCGGACAAAAUGCAAUGGGUAAUAAUGGAAUGGGAAACAACGGAAUGGCUGGGCCAAAUAGAAUUGGAGAACUUGGAAGGGGUGGUGGCAGCAAUGGUAUGGGUCCUGGAAACUGGCGUGGUAAUGACAAUGAUAAUAGGGGAAUUGACACCAAUGGAAAAUAUCGACAAGGAUACCGAAGGGCCAAUCCAUCAAACCAAACCUAUACAUAUAUCAGCUCGCUAUCAACUUCAGAUAUCUAAUACAAAUGAAUUCUAUUUGUUGUUGAA